AUGUCUGAAGUAAACGAAAGUGAAUGUGAAGAAUUCUUGAACAUUAUUAAGUUGUCUUUGGAGGAAGAUAAAAGUCAUGUUCAUGUUGUUGUGAUCAUCGGAGCCUCUGGUGACUUGGCAAAGAAAAAAACUUAUCCGACUUUAUGGUGGUUGUUCCGUGAUGGUCUUCUUCCCCCUCGAACUUACUUUGUUGGGUUUGCACGGUCUGAUAUUGGUACCCAGGACAUAAGAGCAGAAAGUGAAAAAUUUGCCAAGCUCUCAUCAUCUCCAUGUCAAAAAUAUGAAGAAUUUUGGGACUGUAAUUUUUACUUGAGAGGAGAUUAUACAAAUCCAAAAACAUUUGAAUUACUAAAUAAGUUUAUAGAGUCCAAGUGGGAACAAUCUGUUAAUCGCAUAUUUUAUUAUGCUAUACCACCAUCAGUUUAUAAACCUGUUUCAUCAUCUAUCAAAGAAUAUUGUACUAACAAAAACCCUGAUACGUGGACUCGAUUGAUCAUUGAAAAACCGUUUGGACGAGAUUUAGAGUCAUUUAAUGAAUUGAAUUCUGAAUUAACUAAACUGUUUACAGAAGAACAGAUUUAUCGAAUCGACCAUUAUUUGGGCAAAGAGAUGGUUCAAAAUCUACUAAUUUUACGAUUCUGUAAUCAAGUCUUCAGUCCUCUGUGGAAUCGUGAAAAUAUUGAUAAUAUUACAAUAUCAUUUAAAGAACCAUUCGGAACCGAAGGACGUGGUGGGUAUUUUGAUCAAUUCGGAAUUAUUCGUGAUGUUGUUCAGAAUCAUCUUAUUCAAAUUCUUUCGUUGGUAGCAAUGGAAAAACCUAUUUCAGUUAAUGCAGAUGAUAUACGUGAUGAGAAGGUUCGUGUGCUUCGAAGCAUUGAACCUCUAACAAUAGACGACAUUGUAAUUGGACAGUACGUUGCAGAUCCGAAUGCAACAAAUCCACCUGCUUCGUUGUCUUACACGGAUGAUCCAUCAGUUCCUAAAGAUUCCAUAACACCUACUUAUGUAUGUGCUGUGUUAUAUGUGAGAAAUGAUCGUUGGAAGGGUGUUCCAUUCAUUCUCCGGGCAGGGAAAGCACUAAAUGAACGUAAAGCAGAAGUCAGAGUUCAGUUUAAAGAACCUCAUAUUCAUCUUUUCGGUUCAAAAGAAGGUCUACCACGUAAUGAAUUAGUUAUACGUGUACAACCGGACGAAGCAGUUUAUAUUAAAUUGAAUGUGAAAUCUCCUGGUAUGAAAUUUCAAACAGAAGAAACUGAAUUAGACUUAACUUAUGCUCAGCGAUAUAAAGCCAUCAAACUACCCGACGCUUACGAACGAUUGAUUCUCGAUGUAUUCUGUGGAGUUCAGACAAAUUUUGUACGUUCUGAUGAACUACGCGAAGCUUGGCGUAUUUUAACACCGGUAUUAAAAUACUUGGAAGAAAAUAAAAUCAGUCCAUAUCCAUACAUUUAUGGGAGUCGUAAUGGCCCGAAAGAAGCAGAUAUUUUGUGUAAAAAAGCAGGUUUUCAAUACUCUGGUACAUAUGAGGUCGUAGUUCUGCAACAUUCAAGUUGUAGUCGUUUCCUAAAAACCUGUCUUUUGUUGUGUCGAAAUUAUGCCGAAAGUAUUCAGACCAUCGAUAAAACAAAUCAAGACACAUAUAAAAACGUACGUUUUUAUUAUUACGAAAGCAAGGCUUUUAAUAGAAAUGAAGUUGAAACUCAAGAAAUCAGACCUAAUCAGGUGUCCGACUCCAAUCCGUCCAAGGAGUCAUCACCCUGCACUAUUACAAGUGAACCAAGGCCAAGUUCACCACUUCCUUCACAGAAUACGUGUGAAACUCCUAAAACAGCUACUCAGAGAUUGAUGAACCCUGACUUAGAUGUCCAUGUUAAUCCUGAAAGGCCUCACCAAGUAUCCAAGGAAAUAGAAAACCUAUUUGUUUGUAAAAAACCUCGCAAAACUAAAGUCAAGACAACGGAAGUACUACCUCCUGUAGAUCAACCUCUUGAUCGAGCUUCUGUCACUCUUCGCUCCUUACUGCAUUGGGUCCCCAUAAAUAAACCACCUCCGACUUAUCGACAGGAGCGUCUUAACUCCACUACCUGUUCACUAAGUGGGGACGUGGAAGCAAGUGAUAAUGACCUCAAAUCAAAUGACAAUAAUACUGAAACUCCUGAUUUAAAUGAAAAUUCCCCAAAGUGUCCAUCCAGUGAUGUUUAUUCGGACCCAUUAGCUCCUCAACUACGAAUCGAUGCUAAUGGAAAUAUUGUGUUGGAUGAAACCAGUUUAUUAGUUGAAAAACGAGAGAAUUUCUAUACAAAAACUUUACGGCAUAUUAGUGAAGAAACUGGCAUACUCAGUGUUGACUAUAGGAGUUUCCGACCUCCUCGUGAUGGCCAUGGAAGGAAAUGGACAGAGCGUGAGACUACACGCUUCUACAGAGCAUUGAGUACUAUUGGGACUGAUUUUUACGUGAUGGAGAAAAUGUUCCCUCGCCGGAAGCGGUCAGAACUUGUUAGUAAAUUUAAACGAGAAGAAAAACGCAACCCUUAUCUGGUCAACCAAGCAUUACGAAACCGUCGUACUUACGAUCUUAUUAAUCUGUUCCCGUCAAGUGAUGAAGAAGAAAAUGCGAGACCCGAUAAAUCUUCAAAAAGUAGUAGGAAAAAAUCUAGAUGUGAUCAAGACUCAAUCGAAUGUAACGAACAGUCAUGUAAUCAAAAUCUUGAUGCAACAAGUAAACCAAAAUCGCGAAGAAAAAGCCUGCUUCGUAGAGAUCCAGAUUUUGAGCGUCACCUUUCAGAAACAAUCGACUGCGUUUUAUCUCAAUUUACGAAUUCCGAUGCCGGCAACCGCAAGUGCCAGUUGACUCAACAUACUGGUAGUGACCAGCAGUGUAAAAAAAAUACUAAUCACCGGUAUGAGUUUAGGCAUUCCUCGCGCAGUAUCCCAUCUUUACAACAAAUGAUUUCAAUAAAGGAAGCAGAGCUUGCAGCGUCUGAAAAAGAUAACCUUGAGACUGAUAUGGAUUCUCCUCAAAUUUCUACAACUUCAGAAAGCAACCCUGUAGAUACCUCAAAAGAAAAUGUUUCUAAACCUCCCAAGUCCUACUAUCGCCCGAAAAUUGAUCUUUUCAACCUCAGUGAAACCAUUUUGGGUGAAUCAUGA